GGCCUGUGUGUGUCUGGAUUAUUCUGAUAAGUUCCAUUUCAUGUCACACUUUCGCAGCUCCCAACGGCACCACUCUGCAACGCUCUUUGUUCACAAGUGUGUGGACACCAUCGAGCUCUUCUCCAUCUCUGGCUAGUUUCGAAGCAUCGUUUUCUGGUUGUUUAAAAUAUGGCCAAGCAUCAUCCUGAUUUGAUUAUGUGCCGGAAGCAACCUGGAAUCGCCAUUGGACGAUUGUGUGAAAAAUGUGAUGGCAAGUGUGUGAUCUGUGAUUCAUAUGUGCGUCCUUGUACACUUGUCCGAGUUUGCGAUGAAUGCAACUACGGAUCAUUUCAGGGUCGAUGCGUCAUUUGUGGAGGAGUAGGAAUAUCUGAUGCCUACUACUGCAAGGAAUGCACACAACAGGAGAAAGACAGGGAUGGUUGCCCCAAAAUUGUUAAUUUAGGGAGUGCCAAAACUGAUUUAUUCUACGAACGCAAAAAGUAUGGUUUUAAGAAAAGAUGAUGAGGUCAGAUUACGGAGACAUUUGUACCUCUGAAACUUUUUUCCCUUUUGGUGUUUUGCUCCGUAUCGAAAGCUCAGCAUAUGAGACAUAGUGCAUGAAAACUUUUAUCUUGUACAAUGUUUAAGUGAUUGGCGAGUUAACUAAUGAUCAUAAGAGUUAGUCUUGUGCUAUCAACAUGAACAGUGACAAGACUAUGAUAUGUUCAGUUAGCAGCUGUCUUCAGCUUGAGGUUUAACGUAAUUUGUGCUUGUAUUUAUAUCACCUUUAUAUUGCUGAUUUUGAAAUUCCUGAUA